GCUGAGGCGCCUUCAUUCAUGAGCAAACUGAGAGGUGGAUCCUGCGCUGCCGUUUCCUUUCAUUUCAUCCCCCACACUCACUAUUAUAUCGGACAAUGCUGCGAGUAAGAUGUCUGAGAGGAGGUAGCAGAGGGGCCGAGGCUGCCCAUCUGAUCGGAGCCAUGCUUGGCCGGUCAGUCACUGGAUGGGUGCAGAGGGCCUUCCAAAGCACCUCAAGUGCAGCAGCUGCACAGCCUCAGCGUGCAGUUGAAGAGGAACACGUUACUGACCCUGUUCCGCAGGAGUGUCCUGUGUGCAGCUACAACGAAUGGGACCCUCUCGAGGAGGUGAUCGUGGGCCGAGCAGAGAAUGCCCAUGUCCCUCCCUUCACUGUGGAAGUGAAAGCUAACACAUAUGAGAAGUACUGGCCCUUCUACCAGAAGCAUGGGGGCCAGCGUUUUCCUGCGGACCACUUGAAAAAAGCUGUCGCUGAGAUUGAGGAAAUGUGCAAUAUUCUGAGUCAUGAGGGCGUCACGGUGAAGAGACCGGAGCCAAUUGACUGGUCCCUGGAAUACAAAACUCCAGACUUCACAUCAUCAGGAAUGUAUGCUGCCAUGCCCAGAGACAUCCUCAUGGUUGUGGGAAAUGAGAUUAUUGAGGCUCCUAUGGCCUGGAGGGCUCGUUUCUUUGAGUACCGAGCCUACAGGCCUUUGAUCAAGGAGUACUUCAGAAAAGGCGCAAAAUGGACCACUGCUCCUAAACCCACCAUGGCCGACGAGCUGUAUGAUCAGGACUACCCCAUCCGCACAGUGGAGGACAGACACAUGUUGGCUGCCCAGGGGAAGUUUGUGACCACGGAGCAUGAGCCCUGCUUUGAUGCUGCUGAUUUUAUUCGAGCUGGAAGGGACCUUUUCGUCCAGAGGAGUCAGGUUACAAAUUACAUGGGAAUUGAGUGGAUGCGCCGUCAUCUGGCCCCAGAGUACAAGAUCCACAUCAUCUCGUUCAAGGAUCCCAACCCCAUGCACAUCGAUGCCACUUUCAACAUCAUCGGGCCGGGACUGGUGCUGUCAAACCCCGAUCGCCCAUGUCGCCAGAUUGACAUGUUCAAGAAGGCUGGCUGGACUAUUGUGAAACCUCCGACACCUUUGAUUCCUGAUGACCACCCACUGUGGAUGUCCUCCAAGUGGCUGUCCAUGAACGUCCUGAUGUUGGAUGAGAAGCGUGUCAUGGUCGACGCCAAUGAAGCCACCAUUCAAAAAAUGUUUGAGAACCUCGGUAUCAAGACCAUAAAGGUGAACAUUCGCCAUGCUAACUCUCUGGGUGGUGGCUUCCACUGCUGGACAACCGAUGUCCGCCGCCGUGGUACCCUGCAGUCCUACUUCCACUAGCCUUGCCAGAAAUAGGCAGUUUCUAUUGAGCUUUUUUUUUUUUAAACUAAAGCCUUAGUCCGGAAUCUUAAUCCCACUAAUCUUUAUUGUCAGUCAAUCAAGAAUGCACACACACCGGUUAAUGACGGAAAUUAGUUUGCAAACACUUUUCUUAGACAUUUGCUGCAAAUCUGCAUGAAACAAGUAAUGAUACUGCUGCAGUCCCAUCAUGAUACUGUUUUUUUUUUUCCGGAUUGUGUCUUUAUGUCCUAAAUGAACAUUUACGAAGUGUUUAGAUUUGACAUUGCUGUACGUCACAGUGCGUUUGCAAAAAAAAAAAAAAAAAAAAAAACAAAAAAAAAUAACAGCUUUGUUCAGAGAUAAAUAGUAUAGCCAUAUACCCUACCAGUCAAACGUUUGGACACACUUUCUCAUUUAAUUCAAUGAGGUGUGUCCAAGCGUCUCUGAGACUGGUAGCAUAUAUAGCAACACAUGAACAUCUCUUAAACUUUAAUCAAUAAUCUCAAUAUUAACUGCAUUUCUGGCCUGGCUAUUGUGAAGUGGAAAAGUUUAUGGCUAAUCCAUCUAAGCGUCAAAACUUUGAGGACAAGGUACAAUUUGGUAUGCGAAUGUCAUCAAACUAGGGCACAGGAGGAGAGAAGCUAACUCCUCGUGAAAACUCAACUUUUAUGUAGGUCAUUAAAACAAUUUUAAGUUCUUACCACUUAGUUUACUCUUUUGUAAAAAAAAAAAUAAAAUAAAAAAUUCCAAUUAAUUGAACAGGAAAAAGUCGUGUUUAUAUUUUUCAUACUCUUUAUUGGAUUUCCCAACAAUUGGUGUUUUUAUGUAUUUACUUAAAAAAAAUAUGCGGUCCAUAUCAGAUGUUGUACACCUUUUGCCUCUGUUGUUUUCUCCUAUUGCAAAUCUGGGCCAGUUAUAUGCUACUAGUCAUUGUCACUAAACCGCUUGGCUGCCUUUGUGUGUAACGCAAAAACACCUUAAAGAUGUUUUGUUGUGAAAUUUUAUGUUUUAUGAUUCCUUUGCUGCACCCGGCGUGAAAUAUAAGAUGUUUAACUGCCUUGAUGCCUUUUACCUGCCGGCUCAGCGGAUGAAUGCAGGGGAUGUUUUGUAUUAUGCAAUGGUAAUAAAUAUAAUUAAAAAGG